AUGCUAAAAAUCCUCAUCCCUACCCUAAUACUCAUUCCAACUGCCUGAUUAACUCCAGCCAAAUGACUCUGACCUACAACCCUCGCCCAUAGUAUACUAAUUGCACUAAUCAGCCUUUCAUGGCUAAAACAUGCAAUAGAAACAGGCUGAACCACCCUAAGCCUAUUCAUAGCUACAGACCCCUUAUCCACACCCUUACUAGUCCUCACAUGCUGACUCCUCCCCCUAAUAAUCUUAGCAAGCCAAAACCACACAGCAACAGAACCAAUCAACCGCCAGCGCAUAUACAUUUCACUACUAACAUCCCUCCAAAUCUUCCUCAUUUUAGCCUUCGGAGCAACCGAAAUAAUCAUGUUUUAUAUUAUAUUUGAAGCAACUCUCAUCCCAACCUUAAUCCUUAUUACCCGAUGAGGUAACCAAACAGAACGCCUUAACGCAGGAGUUUACUUCCUAUUUUACACCUUAGCAGGCUCCCUCCCCCUACUCGUCGCUCUCCUGCUUCUCCAAAACUACACUGGAACACUCUCCCUAUUUACCCUACCAUUCUCCAGCCCCCUGCAUCUCUCAUCCUAUGCCGACAAACUAUGAUGAACAGCCUGCCUACUGGCAUUCCUUGUUAAAAUACCACUAUACGGCGUCCACCUAUGACUCCCUAAAGCACACGUUGAAGCCCCCAUUGCAGGAUCAAUAGUACUUGCUGCAGUCCUCUUAAAACUAGGAGGUUAUGGAAUAAUACGAAUAAUUGUUAUACUAGACCCCCUUACCAAAAACCUAAGCUACCCCUUCCUCAUCUUUGCAUUAUGAGGGGUGAUCAUAACAAGCUCAAUCUGUCUCCGUCAAACUGACCUAAAAUCCCUAAUUGCUUACUCCUCAGUAAGCCACAUAGGUUUAGUAGUAGGAGGGAUCCUGAUCCAAACACCCUGAGGAUUCACAGGAGCCCUAAUCCUUAUAAUUGCCCACGGAUUAACUUCUUCCGCCUUAUUCUGUCUAGCUAAUACAAAUUAUGAACGAACACACAGCCGAACCAUACUGCUAGCACGCGGCUUACAAAUCAUUCUCCCCCUAAUAACAACCUGAUGAUUCAUUGCCAGCCUUGCUAACCUUGCACUACCCCCCUUCCCUAACCUCAUAGGCGAGCUAAUAAUCAUUACCUCCCUAUUUAACUGAUCUUGGUGAACGAUUGUACUAACUGGAGGAGGUACCCUCAUCACCGCAAGCUACUCCCUCUACAUGUUCCUGAUAACUCAACGAGGGCCCCUCCCCUCACAUAUCCUUGGCCUUAACCCCUCCCAUUCACGAGAACAUCUACUUAUAACCCUUCACCUCUUGCCACUACUUCUCAUCAUCCUUAAACCCGAACUAAUCUGAGGUUGAACUGGUU